AUGGAUGACGAAAGUGUUAAUAAUCAAGUACAUACUAACAAGUUAACUCAAUUACUUUUACUGGAUGAUAUUAAAGAUGAACAAAUGUUUGAGAAUGUUGAUGAUGAUCAAAAUCUAUAUCAUAUGUGUGCGGCUUGUAAAAUUGCUAUAACUGAUCAAUAUUAUUUACGUGUUGGUUCAAAAAUUUAUCAUGAAUCAUGUUUACAAUGUGCUGUUUGUCAAAUAGCACUCGAUAAACAACAGACAUGUUUUUUAAAAGGUUUACAAAUUUUAUGUCGACAAGAUUAUUAUAAACAUUUUGGUAAUAAAUGUUCAAAAUGUGGUCGACAUAUUCAAGCAAGUGAUUGGGUUCGUCGAGCACGUGAACAUGUAUAUCAUUUAGCUUGUUUUGCAUGUAAUACAUGUAAACGACAAUUAUCAACAGGUGAAGAAUUUGCUUUACAAAGUAGUCAUGUUUUAUGUAAAACACAUUUUAUUGAUCCAAAUGAAACAAAUGAAGGAAAAGAUGGAGAUACAAAACAAGGUAAAGCUAAACGAGUACGAACAACAUUUACAGAAGAACAAUUACAAAUUUUACAAGCUAAUUUUGAAGUUGAUUCAAAUCCAGAUGGACAAGAUCUUGAACGUAUUGCUCAGAUUACUGGAUUAAGUAAACGUGUGAUUCAAGUAUGGUUUCAAAAUACUCGAGCUCGACAGAAGAAGCAAGAAACAAAUCAUCGAAGACGAAAUACACGUAGCAGUAGCAGCAGUUCAAGUUCCAACAAAAGUGGUGAUACCUUAACAAAAAGAACAACACAAAUAUGGUUUCAAAAUGCUCGUGCUCGAAUGAAAAAAAAACCAUGCGCAACAACAAGUUCACCACCCACAUAUGCAACAUUGACAAAUAAUAAUCUUAAUCUUGUCGAUACACUUCAUUUAUCAGCAGAACAACAAAUAGACGCAAAAACGAAUCAACGUAUGAAUCAUUUACAAUGGUCAUCAUCACAAACAUCACCAGCGUCGUCAUUGAUUUACGAUGGAGAAAAUAGCAAUGAUGAAUAUUCUACUGGAUAUAUCUAG